CCGUGGCGGUCCGGUGCUUCCGCUCGGGUUUGGCCCCCUCAGCCGACGUCGCGUCCCUCGACCGGAUGUCGGCACCGACGUUCCGCUGUGGGCGGCGAGGCUUCCGGUCGGAUCCUCCAUUUCCUCCGGGGGAGCGCUCCUGAGGCGGGGCUUCGCUGGAGUGGGGAUCUACCGGCGAAAGCGAGCGGCGGCGGCGGUGGAGGAAGUCGCCGUCGACCGGAACUCAGUCAUCUGGAAGAGGCGAUGGAAGACGUCCGUUAGAUCGUCGGAUCAUGAUCAUACGGCGGAGGAUGAAGAAAAAUACGGUUUCUUCUCCAUGUCGAAGAAUUCUUUGAGUUCAGUUUCCCUUUUGGAAAGUCCACUGGCCAUAUUCUUUGAAGCAUAUACUGCUGCAGAUGCUUGUACUGUCACAUGCUCAGACGCCGAAUUCACAACAUUAUUGCUAGGCUCACAUUGCUCAAGAUCUAGAGAAGCCAGGAACUUCACUGAAAUGGGAUUUUCGUCAAUAAAACCCGGUGACACAUCUUCAAAAUCUGAGUCACUGCAUCUGAGCAAUGGCCUUCCAAAAUGCCAGAUGAGUUCAUGUCUCUUGGUAACUUAUCAUGCAGAAAGAACCUUGCUUCUACCACUUCUUUUUUUAACUCUCUAACUGUAUAGCUCGGAAUGCUUGUUCGAUCAUUUUCACCUGGUGCAAAUUUGAUUUUAUCCUGGCAGUUAGCUUUCAUGACUUGACAGAAGCCCUGCUCAGCAACGGCUUUCUCGAUUCCACAUAUUCGGCUCUGGAUAUCAGAGAGAACCAGAUUCGAAUCAUCUGGGUUAUUGCUAUGCAAUAAUUCCUUCCUCCGCUUUAUUUCGGAUGCUAUUUUUUUCAACUUUCCCUUCCAACAUUUCUACCUCUAAUUCUCCAUGAAAAAUUCAAUAGCUACCUCUUCGCCUUAUCUUUAGAGAAUUCAGACAACCACUUCCUCUCUUUCUCCAUGGAGAAUUUCGAUAGCAACUUCUUCUCAAAGGUAGAAGAUAGAAGAUUCCUACUUCCAUCGAGAAGGAUUAAUCUCCUUGUCAUCGGCCACUACCUUGCGAUUUUGAAAGAUGCAACCCCUCUCUUGAGGGCUCUUUGGACAACAUCUUGUGAAGGAAAAAUUCGGCAACUCUUCCUCAUUUUUGGCGAACACUCUUUAUCUUCUCGAUAAAAAAAAUGACACUUGAUCUCUAAUACGAUCAAGUGUUGGAAAGAUGACUCUAAUCGUGGAUCGGAGUAGAUGGAGGAAGCACGAGUUCGAGGUAAACGUCAAAGAGCUAUUUCAUUAAAUCUGGAAUAGUUGGUGUUAUCUUCAAACAAA